AAAAACCACGCCUAAAACAACCACUACCAAAACAACCACCACCCCUCGAACCACCACUAAAAAAACAACCACCACCACCCCUAAAACAACCACCACCCCUAAAACUACCACCACCCCUCUAAAAACCACGCCUAAAACAACCACUACCAAAACAUCCACCACCACUCCAACCACCACCCCUAAAACAACCACGACGCCUAAAACUACCACCACCCCUCGAAACACCACCCCUAAAACAACCACCACCCCGAAAACUACCAACAACCCUCCAAAAACCUCCCCUAAAACAACCACCACCCCUACAUUCACCACCACUCCAACCACCACCCCUAAAACUACCACCACUCCUCCAAACACGACCCCUAAAACAACCACUACCCCUAUAACCACCACCCCUCCAACCACCACUAAAAAAACAACCACCACCACCCCUAAAACUACCACCACCUCUCCAACCACAACCCCUAAAACUACCACUAUAGCAAAUGUAAACCCUAAUAACCCUAAACAUGACACAAAUAUGCAAGCCUACAUCACAAAUACUGCUACAACAAUCAUAAUCCCUGCCACAGCCACCCUGCUUCCAACCACUCCCCAGUCAGUAGUCUGUGGUCUGUGGACUUCUCACAUUUCGGGGGGAACCUCAGUGGCGAUAGCCGGUUCAUGGCCAUGGAUGGCAAGCUUACAGAAAAAUGGAAGUCACGUGUGCGGUGGGACUCUAGUGGCCUUGGACUCAGUGCUGAGCAACGCUGACUGUUUCUCAAGCUCCCCUGUAGCGUCCGAGUGGACUGUCGUGUUGGGGCGUCUGAAGCUAAAUGGAUCCAACCCCUUUGAGGUGACGCUGAAUGUGACAAAUAUCACUCUGAGCAACACGACCGGGACCAACAUAGCCAUCCUCCGUCUAUCUGCCCAGCCCACCCUGACCGACUACAUCCAGCCCAUCUGCUUGGACAGCGGGAGAACCUUCGCCGAGGGCUUGGCGUGCUGGGCGGCCGGUUGGAGUCCUGGAAGAGGAGGAGCUGAGGAAGUUAUGCAGCAGUUUAACACCUCGGUGGUAAACUGUGGGAGCUCAUCAUCCAGUGAGAGCAUCUGUACAGACGUGUUUGCACUGCAGCAGGGUGAUUCUGGCGGCCCGCUGAUGUGUAAGGAGGACGGCUCUUGGUUCCAGGCGGUCGUGUUAACAGCUCCGAGCCCCCCUGCCAGGAGAAGACGAGAAACUCCAGUUAUGACCUUCACCAGACUGAGCUCCUUUGACUCCUUCCUGACGGAGACGCUGGAGACACGCUUGUCUCCAGCCUCCAACACCACCAUCAGUGACCCAACUAAUGUCUCCGUCACCACCACUGCCAGCAGUACCUACACCUCCACAACUGACUCAAAUAGUGUGUUUGACAGCAGCGAGGGUCGUCCUGCUCACUCCUUCAUCUUUGUCUUCUUCCAUCUCCUCAGCCUCGCCUUUUGUCUCCAACUCUGCCUUUAGAGAACUCAAACUUGAUUGACAUGAUGUGAUGAACACAGAUUGUCAAGAGAUGUAUUCUAAGACACUUCUUCAGCUUCGAAUCAGAGAGGAGAAACACACACUGCAGUUAGUUACUUGCAAGCAAGGGCAGCCACAGCACUCGCACAGAAGUGCGGGCUCUGAGACUCGCCCCGUGCCACUGCCCUGGUCUUUAUUUAUACAUCAUUGUGUGUGUGUGUGUUUGUGUGUUUGUGUGUAUGUGUGUGUGGGCUUAG